UUUAUGCAAUGUCAGCACUAUAAAAAUAUAAAACUGAGAAGCCGCAACUGAGAAAUACUGGUAGUCUUUUAUACUUACUAUCUACGUACCUACCUGUAUAUCAUCUGUAGCAGGUUCUUUUUCUUGCUAUGUUUUCUGCUGUUUCAAGUAAUCCCACUGGGAUAAGUGGUCUGGGGGUUCUGUUAUCGGAAGCUGUUUCAGUGCUAAAUGGUGCCCACCUGAACCCCGCUGGACGCCUGGGUAGUUUCUUUCGUCGCUAUCACCAUGUGGUGGCUACAGCAACAGAGACAGACGACUCAGCUCCGCUCUCCUCUGCAUUGUUGUCUGAGCUAGGUAUCAGAGGGUUAAACUCUGUUCAAUGGCGACGGGCGAUGGAGGGUGUCCUAACCACAUCCCCUCCGGUCACACCCACAGUCCAAAGCAUCAUCAGGCAAUACACAGGUCCCCUCCGAUCCAAUCACCUAUGGCAACCAGUACGCAGAUUCUCUACCUUCCCAUCAAAAUGGGUGGAGCUUAGGAUGGGCUAUGGUGGUCGCAGCUCAAUCCCCCAAUUAGAAGAGAGGGCUAAUGACGAGUACGACGACCCUCAGGCACAGGUCAAGUAUAUGGAGGCUGUUCUCCAUCAAGACCCAGAGUAUGUGAUCCGGAGGUUUGAGAGUGGACGCUAUGCAGUCAACACUGCAGUGAGAGAGAUCUACCUACAAGCUGUGGAGCUAGCCGAGAUUCAGAGGUCUGGAAAUGACAGAAAAGCUCCAAUGUCCAUAUUCUCCUCUCUUAUGGGCAAUCAAGCCAAUCAGUCAAUCAAUUCCCAAUCCAGUGUGGGUAGUCGUGAGAACCCGAUGCACGUGAUUCCACUCCCAAGGAAGGGGGAGUUCCUGCGACAGCUCUGGUAUCUUGCAAGGUUCCUCAUUGGUAUGGGAAUUAUCGUCUCACUCUUCUCCUCCUCCUUGGUUUCCUCCGUCAAGUCUGGAUCCCAACAGAUGACCAAGGACUUUAAACCAGACCCCACUGAAAAGCUGUACACCUUUGAUGACGUGCAGGGUGUGGAUGAGGCCAAAUCUGAGGUGGAGGAGAUCGUCGAUUUCCUCAGAAACCCUGAAAAGUUCCAGAGAUUGGGAGCCAAGCUACCAACAGGCCUGCUCCUGAUUGGUCCUCCCGGGACCGGAAAGACGCUACUGGCUAAGGCCAUUGCUGGAGAAGCUAAGGUCCCAUUCUUUUUUGCCUCAGGCUCAGAAUUCGAUGAGAUGUUUGUUGGAGUGGGAGCAUCAAGAGUCAGAAAACUCUUUGAGCAAGCGAGACUUCAUAAGCCUUGUGUGGUGUUCAUUGACGAACUGGACGCAGUGGGUGGAGCUAGAGUGGCCAACUCAGUCCAUCCUUAUUCUCGUAUGACCCUCAACCAGUUGCUAGUGGAGAUGGACGGCUACAAGGAGUUGGAGGGCGUGGUCAUCAUCGGGGCCACCAAUUUUCCUGAGUCUCUUGACAAGGCUCUCAUUCGACCUGGACGGUUUGACUCCCAGAUCAACAUUCCCCUGCCAGAUGUGAGGGCCCGGUUCCAAAUCCUUAAGGUCCACGCCAAGAAGGUUACUGUUAGUGACGAGGUAAAUCUUGAGACAGUGGCCCGAGGCACGUCUGGGUUCACAGGUGCUGACCUGGCCAACCUGAUCAACCAGGCAGCUCUCCACGGGUCAGCAGCCGGGGGAGAGGCAGUCACCAGUGUCGACCUAGAGUUUGCUAAAGACAAGAUCAUCAUGGGUGCCGAACGACGCAGUGCUGUGAUACAGGAGAAGAACAGGAAGAUAGUGGCCUUCCACGAGGGAGGACAUGCCAUCGUCGCUCUCUAUACCCCAGAGGCUCUACCCAUACACAAGGCCACUAUAGUACCUCGAGGGCAGGCCCUAGGCAUGGUGGUUCAACUUCCAGAGAAUGAUGAGCUCUCGUGGAGCAAGAAGCAGCUGCUGGCUCGUAUGGACGUGGCCAUGGGGGGGCGUGUGGCGGAGGAAUUGGUGUUUGGGGCCGACAAUAUCACCGGAGGUGCCGGUAGUGAUCUGGAGAGUGCCACCAAGAUAGCCAGAGCGAUGGUCACAAAGUUCGGGAUGACAGAAGCAGUGGGGCCAGUGACUCAUGGAGACAAUGCCAGCCCGGGCACACAGAAAGUAAUUGAUGAUGAAAUCAAGAGGAUACUCAAGGAGAGCUAUGAGAGAGCAGUGCAGCUGCUAAAGACACACUCCGUAGAGCACAGGAGACUAGCAGAGGCACUUCUCAAACACGAGACUCUAACAGCUGACGAGAUUAGACUAGCCGUUGCUGGCAAGACUAUAAGCAAGAAACUAUAGCCCAACUUAAUGUAUGUAUUUAUGUUGCUGCAAAUCAUUAUUUCAAUUUGAUCAUGUAUUUAUUGAGGAGUGUC